UUUGUUAAAUCUCAAGUUCCAAGAUGGAUCAGUUGGCAACCACCAGUCCCCCCUUUUGUAAGCUAAAUACAGAUGAGUCUAGAUUGCGGGAGACUGGGCUUGCUAGUGCUGGUGGGGUAGUUCGAGACUAUUUAGGAGCUUUCAUUCAGGGUUUCUCAGUGAAUAUUGGACUGGUUUCUAUUUUCUUGACUGAGCUAUGGGGAUGUCGAGAAGGGUUAAUUUUAUGCGGAAGUAAAGGGCUCAAGCAUUUAGUUGUGGAAAUGGAUUCUUCAUCUGCAGUGCAGGUCAUUAAGGGAUUAAAAGAACAUGACAGCUUGGCGACAGUUCUUAUAUCAGACAUUAGAAGGCUCCGUGCUGAGUUUGAUUCUAUUAUUUUUCAACAUAUAUUCUGUGAGGGGAACUCUGCUGCAGAUUUCUUGGCUGAAAUUGGGCAUAACUUGUCGGUUGGAACCACGGUCUACGAUUCUCCGCCUCCUGGAUUGAAUUUUUUCUUAAAAAGGGAUAUGAUGGGCGUUGCUUUUCUCCGCCAUUAAUUAGUUAAUUUGUUUCUUUUCACAUGUAACAAAAAACUAUAGAUUUUCUUUACAAAAAAGAAACAGUAAUUUCCUAA